UUCCUAACAAUUGGUGCUUUCAUUUUCGAUCUCACUUCCGCUUAAAGUCAUGACAAUAUUAUUGUUUGAUGGGGAAGAAGAUGCCUAUUGGUGGAUUCUAUGUUUGGAGAAAUUUUUCAAGGAGCAUGAAACACCCAAGUCAUUGAAGGUUUUAAAAGCUGUUAGAGCAUUGAGAGGCUCUGCUUUCAAAUGGUGGAUAUGGUGGUCUCGUGUUCAUCGCAGAUAUAAUUGGGAGUUAUUUACAACCGCAUUAUUAUGGCGUUUUAAACCUGAAUGGCGAGAAAUCUUACCAAUUUCGGAUGAGGAAGAGGAACCGAUUGAAGAGGAUGAGGAGUGGGAGGUUGAACCUCAACAGUUGGUGCAAGGGGAUAACAUUGAUGUACAACCAACAAUGGUGGAUGAAAGAAUCAACGAUUCCAACAAAUUUUCUUCUUCACGUGUUAUUUCGGAUCUGGAUUUUGCAUUAUCAGUUAAAGAUCCAAUCGUUCAAUCCCCUGUUCCGGAAGAAAUCCCAUUACAUACACCUUUGUUCGUCGAGUCAGACAAUCAGUAUGAAGAAAACACGAUUCAACCAUAUGAGCUCAUAACAACAAGUCUCGACAUUUUUUCGGCAGUCGGCGGUGAACAGAAAGAUCUUAUCGAUACAGCCUGCAAGGAGAAAUGUAUGGAUCAUUCCUCUUGCUUUACACUCGUAACGUUCCCUCCCGCCUUCGCAUUUCCAUCGAUGAAGGAAACGAUGAACACUACCUCCACAACAUCACCCCAACACUCAGUUUCUUUAUUCGACCCUGGAGGAUAUUUUAAAUUGCAAGAGUCUUGGAUUGCAAACCGAGCUUUACUCCCAUCUCCAAAACCACCUUAUCAGAAUGACACACAAUGGUUGAUUUAUUUGAUAAAAUUCUAUGCAAAUUUUAGUUGUAUGUACUCUGCACAAAAGGUGUUUGCUGAAAUGUCUGAACAAAGUAUUGUCUCAUGUUUGACCUUCAUUCAAAGAGUUUUUACUAGCAACACAUAUGGUUGGGAAGGGUACACAUCACUCUCAUUGGAUUUAUGGAACAUUUAUGAAAUAGACACCAUUUUUCCAGCGUAUAUUUUAGAGCAGAAUCAAGGAGAUGGAGAGAUAAGUGUUCUUUAUGCCGUAAUUCUGGUUUGUGCCAUAAGGGGAUUUCACUACAAACAAUGGGAUCCAGGGGUUCUGUUUUGGAAAUAUUUCAUGUGUAAGGAGAAAGCAAAGAUUAUGGUGAAAUGGGCGACGCUGAUCGAACAAAACAUAGAAGACGUUGCAGCAUUGGAUACAAUUGAUGGAGGGAAGUUGUAUAGUUGGUGUAAGGCUGUUCAUGUACCUGAAGAGACGAAUAUCUUGCGAUGCUAUGCUGGCGCUGAUGAUAAGAUUCUUGGAAAAGUGUUCAAAACUUCGAGGAAUCUUCAUUUAUAUACUUUGAUGGAACAUAUUGGUGUUGUUGGACAUAUUAUACCUUGGAUUUUUCCGAUUGCUAUGUUCUUUACUAAGGUUGCUCCUUCUUUGGCUGCUGGUUGUACUAUGGUUCCUAAACCGGCUGAACAAACACCUCUCUCUUCUUUGUUUUAUGCUUAUCUCGCUAACGAGGUUGGAAUUCCGAAUGGAGUACUCAAUGUAGUACCUGGAUUUGGCGCAACUGCAGGAGCUGCUAUCACCUCACAUAUGGACAUUGAUGCAAUCCGUUUCACUGGUUCAACCGAAACGGGUCGUCGCAUAAUGCAGGCGGAUGAAUGCUUGAUGACAAGAAUGCAAGAUAUGUAUUUGGGCUAUCAUUUCCUUUUGGAGCAAGAAUUUGGAUCCUUAACUCAUGCUUUCUUUGGUUUCAAUAGCACAAUUGUUGUUUGGAGAAUUUCACCACUAAAUGAAGUUGGUGGAUGGAAGGAUCACACAACAGUAGAAGAUAUGGACUUAGCAGUAAGAGCUAGUCUCAAAGGAUGGAAAUUUGUCUACUUUAGUGACCUCAAGGUGAAAAGUGAAUUGCCAAGUACCUUCAAAGCCUACUGUUAUCAGCAACAUAGAUGGUCAUGUGGUUUAGCAAAUCUUUUCAAAGAAAUGACAAUGGAAAUUAUAAGAAACAAGAAAGUCACCAUGUGGAAGAAAUUUUAUGUGGUUUAUAGUUUUUUCUUUAUGGGAAAGAUAAUAGCUCAUGUAGUCACAUUUACAUUCUACUGUGUCAUUUUGCUUGCAACUGUUUUAGUUCCAGAAGUAGAAGUUCUAAAAUGGGGUGUUGUCUAUAUACCUUCAAUCAUCACACUUCUUAAUGCAGUGGAAUCACCUUACAUGAGAAAAUUGAUUUUUCAAAUUAUGAAGUAUAUGUCGCAAAUAAUUAGUGACAAUUUGUUAUUCAAGCAAUGGGAUCCGGGAACAAUAUCUCUACUCGUAUAUUGAUUUUAGAACCUUGAGGACAAGGUUCACGUGAACCCGGCGGCAAUGAUAGAGGGGUAUAAUAGUAUUUAUAAUUAGUAUUGUUAUGGGAUUUUAGUUGUAUUUGGGCUUUUAAUAUUUGUUGG